CCAACGCGAGAGGCUGGGCAUUUACCUGUUACAGUUUUCGGUUGGCGGAAUUGUAAAGUUUUUGAACGCUGAUUCGCUGAGCUGGCACGUCAGUCUUGUUUCGUGGGCUCUGAUUGGUUGAGUGUUAGCUCCGUGGGUUUCUGUACCGUUAAUCACGUCCACUCUUCAGCAGCGUCAAGCUGAGCAGGUUAGACACGUUCAUGGCGGAAAUAAGCCAACUUUUAUGUAUUUUCAGCAGCUAAAAGAAUUUGUGUACAUUGUAAAUAGUAUAAAAUAGUCUCAAAAUAAAAGUUGUCUUUAAAUCUACUAUUAAACGAUUCAUUGAAACGGUGAUAUUUUUCAGAAACUCUUUCUUUGACACAUAAAACCGGAUGUUGUAGAAGUCAUUAACUUGAUUCCAUAAAUCCCUGUAGCCUGCAGGCAGAUCGCAGACACUCCUCAGCCAGGAUGAGCAGUUUUUAUACCCCGCCGCAUUGAAAAGACUUUUUUAGUAAAAACAAAAAAAAAAAUCACAACAAAACAACAAAAAACAAGCAAACAAACAAAAACAUUUGCCUCAAACUAGCCUUCGUUUCUGGAGAGAUUUUUUAUUUUACUCCUCGGAAUUACGAUGCCUUUUUGAUGGGAUCCCGUUCGUGCUGAUUUUUCCAGAUGAGCUGCUUUCACGCCAUAAAUAAGUAGUGUGUUAAAAACAGUUUUCCGUCAGUAGUUUGCCUCUCUCUUUAGGUUGGGGGACUUCAAGCCAAAAACACAUGGUGCUUGUACAUAUCCCAUUUUGUUCAAACUAAAGGACAGUGAUCAGACGACACGCGGACACACCGACAGCUCCGAGAUGGAUAACGCUCAUACCAAGACUGUGGAGGAGGUUCUGGGCUUCUUCAGUGUGAACGAAUCUACAGGUCUGAGCUGCGAGCAGCUGAAGAAAAGCAGAGAGAGAUGGGGAUCGAACGAAUUACCAGCAGAAGAAGGGAAGUCUCUGUGGGAGCUGGUCCUGGAACAGUUUGAGGACCUGUUGGUCCGAAUAUUGCUAUUGGCUGCAUGUAUUUCUUUUGCCCUGGCUUGGUUUGAAGAAGGGGAGGGAACCAUCACAGCCUUUGUUGAACCCUUCGUCAUCCUCCUCAUCCUAAUCGCUAAUGCUAUUGUGGGAGUUUGGCAGGAGCGAAACGCAGAGAACGCCAUUGAGGCUUUAAAGGAGUACGAGCCUGAGAUGGGAAAGGUGUAUCGGCAGGACAAGAAGAGCAUUCAGAGAGUCCGAGCCAGAGACAUAGUUCCCGGAGACAUUGUUGAAGUUGCCGUUGGUGAUAAGGUCCCAGCUGACAUCAGGCUGACUUCCAUCCGUUCCACCACCCUGAGGGUGGACCAGUCCAUCCUGACGGGGGAGUCCCUGUCUGUUCUCAAACACACAGACCCUGUACCGGAUCCCAGAGCUGUGAACCAGGACAAGAAGAACAUGCUGUUCUCUGGUACCAACAUCGCAGCAGGCCGAGCCAUUGGGGUUGUUGUAGCAACAGGAGUGCAGACGGAGAUCGGGAAAAUCCGAGAUGAGAUGGCCUCCACUGACCCAGAAAGAACCCCAUUACAACAGAAACUGGACCAGUUUGGAGAACAGCUGUCUAAGGUCAUCAGUGUCAUCUGUGUGGCCGUGUGGGCCAUCAAUGUGGGACAUUUUAAUGACCCAGUCCAUGGAGGCAGCUGGCUUAGAGGAGCCGUUUACUAUUUCAAGAUCGCUGUUGCACUGGCUGUAGCUGCCAUACCAGAAGGCCUUCCAGCAGUCAUCACCACCUGCUUGGCUCUGGGCACCAGGAGGAUGGCCAGGAAGAAUGCAAUCGUCCGGAGUCUGCCAUCGGUGGAGACCCUGGGCUGCACCUCUGUUAUCUGCUCAGAUAAAACAGGAACACUGACUACGAACCAGAUGUCUGUUUGCAGGAUGUUUGUGGUAGAUAGCAUGUCAGGAGAGCGCUGCAGCCUGAAUGAGUUCACAGUGACUGGAUCUACGUAUGCACCUGAAGGGGAAGUCUACAAGGAUGGCUUGCUGGUCAAGUGCAGCCAGUAUGAGGGCCUGGUGGAGAUGGCCUCCAUCUGUGCAUUAUGCAAUGAUUCAUCACUGGACUACAGCGAGGCCAAGGGUGUGUAUGAGAAGGUCGGGGAGGCAACGGAGACUGCCCUCUGCUGUCUGGUGGAGAAAAUGAACGUGUUUGAUACCGACCUGAGAGGUCUGAGUCCUGCAGAGAGAGCCACAGCCUGCUGUAGUGUUAUCAAGCAGCUGAUGAGGAAGGAGUUGACGCUGGAGUUUUCCAGAGACAGGAAGUCCAUGUCCGUCUUCUGUUCAUCCACUAAGCUCAGCAGUUCCACGUCUGGGGCCAAGAUGUUUGUCAAGGGAGCUCCGGAGAGUGUAUUGGAGCGUUGUAAUUACGUCCGUGUUAGUGGCUCUGCCUGUGUGCUGCUAAGCCCAGCUGUUCGAGAGCAGCUUCUGUCCACGGUUCGGGAGUGGGGGUCAGGACGCGACACACUGCGUUGCCUUGCCAUGGCAACCAGGGACACGCCCCCAGACAUCCACAUCCUCAACCUGGAGAACUCAACAGCGUUUGCUGACUAUGAGUCCGACCUGACCUUUGUAGGCUGCGUUGGGAUGUUGGAUCCCCCAAGGAAAGAGGUGUUGGGUGCAGUACGAAUGUGCCGGCAGGCUGGCAUCCGAGUCAUUAUGAUCACAGGUGACAACAAAGGGACGGCGCUGUCCAUCUGCAGGAGGGUUGGCAUCAUCACAGAGCAGGAGGAGGAGCAGGAGGGCGCCGGAGUCAUCGGCGGGCUGACGGGGCGAGAGUUCGAUGAGCUGCCGCCUCACCUGCAGCGUCAGGCCUGCCAGACAGCGCGCUGCUUCGCUCGAGUGGAACCAGCCCACAAAAGCCGCAUUGUGGAAUAUCUGCAGAGCCUGAACGACAUCACUGCCAUGACAGGAGAUGGGGUGAAUGAUGCUCCGGCUCUGAAGAAGGCUGAGAUUGGCAUCGCUAUGGGCAGCGGCACGGCAGUGGCCAAGUCGGCCUCAGAGAUGAUUCUGGCUGAUGACAACUUCUCCACGAUCGUGGCUGCUGUGGAGGAGGGCAGGGCCAUCUAUAACAACAUGAAACAGUUCAUUAGAUACCUGAUCUCGUCCAACAUCGGAGAGGUGGUCUGUAUUUUCCUGACAGCGGCUCUGGGCAUGCCCGAAGCGCUGAUCCCUGUCCAGCUGCUGUGGGUCAACCUGGUCACCGAUGGUUUCCCAGCAACCGCUCUGGGCUUCAACCCUCCGGACCUGGACAUCAUGUCUCGCCCUCCCCGCUCUCCCCAGGAGCCGCUGAUCUCCAGCUGGUUGUUCUGUCGCUACCUCAUCGUUGGAGGUUAUGUGGGAGCAGCAACCGUUGGAGCUGCUGCCUGGUGGUUUAUGGCAGCUCACGAUGGACCAAAGCUUUCCUUCUAUCAGCUGUCCCAUUACCUGCAGUGCAGCGAAGGCCACGUGCAGUUCGCUGGUGUGCAGUGUUCGGUCUAUGAGUCUCCAUAUCCCAUGACCAUGGCCCUGUCUGUGCUGGUCACAAUAGAGAUGUGCAAUGCCUUGAACAGUCUCUCAGAGAACCAGUCCCUGUUAAAAAUGCCUCCCUGGUCCAACCCCUGGCUGGUGGGGGCCAUCUGCCUCUCCAUGACCCUGCACUUCCUCAUCCUGUAUGUGGACCCACUGCCGGUGAUUUUCCAGAUACGACCUCUGUCCUGGACUCAGUGGGUGGUGGUGUUGAAGAUGUCGCUUCCUGUCAUCUUCAUGGAUGAGGCUCUCAAGUUCCUGGCCCGCAACUACAUCGAGCCUGGAAGCCAAAUCCAGACGAUAGAGGAGGAGGAACUGCAGAGGUCCAGGGCCAACGAGGGCUUUGUUGGAGCGCUGGUGUCAAGGCUCCGCCAGUCAGUGAGAGGCGUGUCCUGGUCAUUCGUCCUGAUCUCUGCACCGCUGGUGAUCUGGAUCUUCAGCCUGGACUCUGAUAUCACCAACAUCUUCUGGGAAUGAUGGAAGAAAGUCAGGAUGGAGAUCCUGCAGAACCCGGCUGGACCUGGAUUUAAGCCUUUCACCUGGACGGAGGAAACUAGGCUGCUAGGAAAUGUUGACUUCUCUUCCCACCACGUAGAGUGAACAUCUGCCGGCUGCCAAGCAACUCAAACGUUCAUGUUUGUUUUAUUGAUUGAUUAUUGCUUAUUGUUUAUUUGCCCCUAUGAAUGAACCCUGCUCAGUUCUCUGCUACGCUGGUGUAUUUACUUACUUUCACUUCUGUCUGGUCAUUUCACUAGUCAGGGUUCAACUUCCUGUUUCCUAUUUUUUAAAUGUGACUCUUGUUUGAAUCUAACGUUAAAGCCCUAAAGUUCAAUAACUAUCCAGCUCUGCUGAACUAAGGUCAGUUUCCCGUCGGCCACCGGCAACUUCUGUUUCUAAACAGCUGAUGUUAUUACAAUGAGAUUUUUUCAGAUGUUCCAGCUCCUGAUGAUUUUUCCUGUAAAAUUGUCUGUUGAAAUAAAUUAUAAAUUCUA